AUGACGUUAAAUGUCAUUGAUUAUAAACCAAAUACGGAGAGGCUAAAGAACUGCGGAAUGACGCUGAGCCAACAGUGCCUCUCUCUCAGCCUUUAUAUUUUCUCGAGUUCUCGUUCAUGGAAAUUUGAUGAAAUCCUGAGCUCAAAUCAAAGGCUGGAAAGAAUUUUGCUUCUCCAAAGUAGUCCAGAAUUUCGUGAAUUAGAGGAAGUGGCAUUACGUAUGAUGCCAUGGAAAAAGUCAUCACCAGUCCUUCCUGUCAUAACAGUUACUGGGGUUCAGCAUUACCUAGUUAUUGAAAAAGGCAAGGCAGCUAUACCUUACGAGCUACCACCGCAUUAUAUAUUUGAGGCUGUUACGAAUCCGGAGAAAAGUAGACUCGUUGCAUACGUCGACAAGAAAAAAAAGCUGCGUCCAUUCGGGGUUCCGCAACCGCAAGGAAUUCAGAGGGUUGAAGUGCCCAUAGUUGGUAACGAAGCCAGACACCCCAUAAAUGUAGCCCCUUUCCAUGAUGGGCUUGCGGAGUUAUUAGCAAAGGUCAAAAAUAAUUGGAAACCCUACACUCGAAAGAUCCAAAUAUCGGCAUUGAGCGCAAUAGAAAGAGGAGUUGUAACUAUUUUUGGGGUUACCCAUUUCCAAUGUCCUGUUCAGAAGGGCCUACCACAAACUCACCAGGUGCGCCCAGGCGAACAUAUCACGUGUGUAACAGAUCCACAAAGAUCGAAAUUCGUCGGAGUGAUGUUCGCUGGAAUGCUCUGCUCACUUGCCGUUCCGGGAGGCCAGAAUUAUAAAAAAGUCGAACUGCUAAUAAUUGGCAACCAGGCCGCCGAGAUUCUGAACGAUAAUCAGUUUAGAAGUCCGAUGGAAAACUUCAAGAAUAGCGAACCUUGGUUCCAUUACCAACGUGAGGCCAGAAUAGCGACCAUAACAGAAAAGUCCCCACAGCUCUCACCGAGAGGACAAACACCGAACUCAUUCGGCUCAAAGAGCGCACCAAACUCACCGAUCUCAACAAACUCAGGUCGCUCACUGCAACGUUCACAAACAUUCUAGAAUGUACUCCUCCGAGUGUGCCUAUAAUUUAUGUAGACUAAAGAUUAUUAUUAUAUUUUGAUAACACAUUAUGGAUGAAAACAAAAAACUACGAGAAAGAAUUUGAAAUUAUAUAUAUAUUUCAGUGUGUCGACUAAUGUUCCUCCAAAAAAUAUCCAAAAAAGUUAUUGCCUUUUUUAUCCUCCUUUCUGUCGGAAACAUUCCUUCCAUUGUCUUGUUCCGUUAUCUGAAUUUCACAAUCCUUGAACAUCUCCUUUCCUUCCAUCUCUUUUCCAAAUACUUUG